AUUAGUACCGUAUGCCUGCGUUCUAUAUUUUGACUGGCGGUGUGGAUUAAAUCCGAUCGAACAUAUUAAAGUUUAAAUUUAUAUAAAUACAAAUGUACUUGUACACAAAAAUGGCGUUUUAUCUCCUUACUUGCGUUCUGUUCUCCAUUUCACUUGUUGGAAACGUUCAUACUGAAGAAAUACCCAGUGUGUCAACCAAACUUGGCGUCAUAAAUGGAAUAUUCAGUGAAGUGUCAUUUAAAAGUAGAGAUUUUAUUGUGAAGAGGUUUCUUGGGAUACCGUACGCAAAACCGCCUGUUGGGGAGCUUAGAUUCAAGAAGCCGGAGCCUGCUGGACCUUUAUCGCCAAACCCAUUUCCGGCUGAUAAAUUCGGAUCACCUUGUGCCCAAAUCGACAUUAUGGGUGAAAAGUUUUCUGAAAACACUAACAUAGAAGACUGUCUCUUCUUGAAUAUCUACGUUCCAGUCCAGGAACCGGACAGUGUAUCCGGACAUGCAGUGAUGGUAUUUAUCCAUGGUGGUGGCUACAACCUUGGCACAGGAAACCGAUACAUUGCUGACCGUCUAUCUUCUGUAGGAAACGUAAUUGUUAUAACAAUCAACUACAGACUUUGGAUAUGGGGUUUUCUUGAUUUCAAUGACGAAAGAGCUCCGGGAAAUAUGGGUUUAUGGGAUCAACAGAUGGCUUUUAGAUGGGUACACGAACACAUUGAAUCUUUUGGAGGGGAUAAGGAUAGGGUCACUAUUUUUGGAGAAUCGGCCGGCGCAGUAAGUGUUGGCUUGCAGGCUUUGUAUCCUGAAAAUAAGGGUCUGUUCACAAAUGUUAUAUCGGAAAGCGGAUCACCAUCCUUUACGCAUGUUUUUCAAACUGAUAACAAUAUACAAGCGGCGACAUUUUUGGCAGAAUUGCUUAACUGUACCACAGAAAAAACAGACCAAGUUUUUGAUUGUAUUAAAAAUAGCGAUAGCGAAGCAAUGCUUAAUGCAUUUAAAAGUGCUUUAAAUGAUCCAGCUAAAUUAUGGCAGAUUGUUUUCACCCCAACAGUUGAUAACGAUUUUGUAAAACAGCCCCCAGCUAAGUUGAUGAAACUCGCAAAAACUGAAAUACCCACUGAAGUAGAGUUCUUAAGAUCUUUAAAACUAAUGAACGGUCUUAAUGGAGCGGAAGGUGCCAUGUGGCUUUUUAUGGUAGAAGGUCCAAAGGAGAACUAUGACGAUUUGCUGUUAACGAAAGAAGAUAUGGACAAUAGAAUAAUCCCAACUGUCCUUCCAACGGCUCCUGGAAUCUUAAAGUCACUAAUUAGCUCGAGAUAUACCGACUGGAAAAAUCCAAGCGAUCCCAAACUUGUCCGAAAACAGUUUGUUAAACUAUUGGGCGAUCUAUAUUUCAACGUCCCUGGAAUAGAAUUCAGUCUACUGCACGCUAACGGCUCAAAUCCGGGGAGUUAUUUGUACAGAUUUACUUCUCUCGUGGAACAACAUUUCGUAAAAACACCAACGUGGUCGGAGUCAGCAAACCAUGCUGAUGAACUGGGACCCGUGUUUGGUUAUGAUUUUGAUUAUGAAUGGGCAGCCUACAUCAAGGGAGGAUACACACCCCCUGAUUGGGAAAUUGAUAUGUCUGAGCGUAUGAUGACGGCAUGGACAAAUUUUGCUAAAUACGGCAACCCUAAUGAAGAAGGGGACACACCCUGGCCCAAAUAUACCAUCGAAGAUGAGCAUUAUCUAAAUAUUGACCGGGAAGAUUCCGUUGGACAAUAUUUGCACGCAGACGAUGUGAACUUUUGGCGGGAAAUUGUACCGAUGGUUCAAGACAGUGUCAAAAAUGACCAAGGAGAUUUUUCACCAUUUACGAAGAAAUCGUCUGAAACAUGUGAUGCAGAUGGAAACUGUGAUUAAUUUGAUGAAAAUGAGCUUAUUACGCCGUACAAAAUAGGAUGUAUGUUAGCGGGCUGGUAGGUUUUCGUCAGUCUAAUUGGAAAAGAACACCAUUCCUGAAAAUUCUAGAAAGGCCUGCAAUGACGUAUAAAAUAUAACCACAAUGGUCAUUUCAAUUUAGUAAAUAUGUAUACAUGAUACAAUAAUUUUUUGCCUAAAUUACAUAUAUUGCAGUGAAAACUCGAGUAUAUUUUUCAUGCCUGUAAAGCUUAAGGGAGUUAAGAUAUUUUUAUCAAUACUGUCUUCGCUUGUUUUUUUUUGCCUGCCUGGUAGGUACGUUUUGCCGCUCAAACACAUGUCUAAGUUGGUAUGGCCUUAUUAGGGGUAAUAUACUCUGAUUCAGUUUGGUCUUGUCUGCAUUAUUGCAUUGUCACUGUUAGUGAAUCUAAGAAUGUAAGAGUGCACACUUCUAUUGUUAUCUGAUUCAGCUGAAAUACGCGUAGGAAUACAAAAAUGAUUCAUCAAUUCAUAUUACAAUAAAACACUAACACAAAUUAAACGAUGAUUUAUUGAGUCAUGUUACUGAGUUGGUAUGACUGAAACAUGUAAACAUGAAUCAAAUAAUUCGCCAGAUAUAACAACAAUAUUGCGACACUGCAAAUGCGAGCACGUUGUUAUAUUCAAAUAUGAAGUGGACACUUGCCUAAAUUUUAAUUUGAUAGUUCAUAGCAUUAAUAAAAUUCACCUUUAAUAAAGACUGGACAAGUCAUGUAAUUCAAACUAAUUUCAUCCACCUAUCAAUGACCGUCGUAUGGUCUGAAAAACAUUCCUAUAUCUGUGUAUUAAUUACUAUGAAACUUUGUAAUCAAGUUGAGUUUUAUUUUUAUAAAUUUAUAGUUCCUGUAAGAAAAUUUUAUUUUAUUAAUACCUUCUGAAGAUUUGACACAUUUCGAAAUACUCUCUCUCUCCCUCUCUCGCUCUCUCUCGGUCCAUUCGUAAGCCCGUAUCUGUAUAUCUGUUACUCUCGUUGUCUUUAAAGUCCGGUUCAAAUCUGAUAAUUAAUCUUGAAAUCAUUCAAUUUUAUUCGUUAAAACAAAGAAGUAUAAGAUACAUUUAUUUCUAUAGCUCUUUGGUUAAAACAUACAAGGCACUCGUCAUAAACGUGCAUGGGUUUGGGAUAAAAAGUGACAUUUAAUUAAAGGCCAACGUUCAUCAUGUGGAUAAUGAUAUAAGGUGAUGCUAUCUAUUUUUAAAAAAUCCUGUUGAAGGGUUUCCUUUCUUUCUAUAUAAGUGUGUAGUUAUAGAGUGAUUAAAUAUCCAAUCAUCUGAACGUUGUUAAUCGGACGAUAAAUUAUAAGAAAGCAUUUUUUUUUUAAUUUUCAUUCUAGCAUUCUCAUUAAAAUAUGAUGAUAAAUAUUAUGUUGAACUUUAUUCUUCAGAAUAGAAAUUAACUGGCCGUCAUGCCGAUUCGAGGGUGGGAUCAAAAGUAAUGCAACCAAUGGUGUUAUAUGACAACUGAAGGUUGGGUUAAGAAAAUCUUUAUUUCAAACCUUCAAAGUAAUCUCCUUUGACAGGUACACAACGUUUCAAUCUUUUAAUCCAAUCCUUAAAAGUUUUCUGAUAGUCUUUUUUCAGGUUUAUCACUAAGGAAGUUAAAUAUGGCGGCCCCCAGCUUUUGGCGGGAUGUAUUUUUUCUGCCUGCAAGCUUUUUCUUGAGACAAGAGAAAAGGAAAAAGUCACAGGGGACUAGAUCCGGAAAAUAGGGUGGGUGUUCUGGAACAUAUACUCCCUGUUCAUUCAAAAACGACGUCACAAUCCCAGCCUUGUGACUCAAGGAGUUGUCAUGUAACAAAUGGAUGCCUCGGAUACCCGUCUUUGGUCGACGUUUCUGGAAAUACUUGAGACGCUUUUUAAGAACUUUUUUUCAUAUAAAACUUGGCAUUCAUUGGCUUGCCUUUUGGUACAGGAACCUGGAUGGCGAGACCUUUAGUAGUGAAAAAUAUGGCAUACAUAACCUUUUGCAAGGCCUUCUGGCAUUUUUGGUGAGCCAUACUCGGUUACUAAUUUUUCGAUGCGGUUCGAAGAAAUGUAUCCAAGACUCCUCACCUGUUACUACAUUCAUAAAUGUUUUUUGAUCGUAUCUUGGAAACCUUUUCAAAAGUCUGCGCGCCAUGUUAACGCGCGUGCGUUUUUGCUUAUCAGUGAGCGAAUGCGGGACCCACCUAGCACUUUUCUUCUUCAGUUUCAAAAUAUUUCGCAGAAUGCGCAACACAGAUGCUUUUGAAAUGCCAACCAUGUCCGCAAUCUGCUGAGAAGUAUAUCUUGCGUCAGAAAGUAGUAUUUGUUUGAUUUUUUCAACAAUCCUUAGACUACUUGCAGACUUAGGUCGACCAGCUUUAG